AUGAAGGAUGAUGAAAAACUACUCACUUCUUCCACAUGUCACACAUAUAUAACACAACCAAUACCAAUACCAAUACCAGUACCAUACACAUACAUUCAUGGACACAGGCGAGUUCAUAGUGUGUCAACUUUUCGCACAACUCACAAAACGAAUCAAACCCCAACAAGCAAAUGUGAUUACAGAGGGUUAGGGUUGGGUAGAAGAGGAAGAGGAGGACAAGGAGGAGGAGAGGGGGAAAUAAAGAAAUGUGGGAGGAGAAUGGUUGAUGUCCUUCGAGCAAGUAGCAGUGGGGACACCAUCACAGCAGCAAAUGGCCAAUGGAAUAGAGCAAUCAUCACACUUCACUGA